AUGAGUGGCUCACCUCCUCCACCUUACUCUGAAGGUCCUGUGCCUGUGAAGGUGGCUCCACCGUCAGAUGGCUCGUUUCCACCAAAUCCUCAGUUCGGAUAUGCUGGUGGAGCUCCUCCACCAUCCUCUACUGCACCCACAGCUGCACCACAGUCGACUCCGACUGCUCCAGUGACAGUAAAUGCCAAUACUGGUAACUUUGGACCGUUCCCAGUGGAGAUGGACUGUAGAUAUUGUCAUGUAAGUCUUAAUAUUUUGAUUUGUUUCGUCACUGUAGGCAAUGAUUCAUCUUGAUUCGUUAUGUUUGUCAUAUGACGAUAGGAAUUGAUUUGAAGACAAAUGGGAUUUCAUUAUUUGAAAAUGCUUUACCUUUACUAGAAUAACAUAGUUUAAUUGAAGGCACGUCAGUAAAGGUUGUUAUAUAAAAAAUCAAAUAAAGUUCAUUUUAUCAAACAGGUCAGAAAUUUUAAAAGUAAAAUUAAAAGCAUAAUAACGCUCUACUUUUAAAACCUUAUCGCCUAUGACAAACUAGACAACAUACGAAACGUUGUUUUGUCGCUUCUGAAGUAACCAAUUUUUAAUUUCGAAGAAACGUUAAGUCUUCAGAAGCUGUACGUUUAUUGACGACAUUUGUUUUUGGUAAAUGUUAGUCACAAUCACAAUAAUGUUAUAGUCCAGUCCAAAUGUAAUGAGUUAUGAGCGGAACAUACGUAAAUAGGUGUUGAUUCAUGGCUCGAAGCAGUAUGAUUUCUUUUGUUUUCAGAAUCACAUUGUUACACACACCAGGCGUGUCGCCGGGACAUUGCCGUGGAUUAUAAUGGGCAUUUGCUUUGUGUUGGGCUUCUUCCUUCUGAUUCCAUGGUGUAUAUGUUGUGUACCGUUCUGCGUGGACGCUUGUCUCGACGUUCUCCACACUUGUCCAUCGUGCAAGAGAACGGUUGGGCGAUUCACGAGACUUUAA